UACAUAAAGACAAAAGUGAAUACUAGUUUUUCAACAUUUAAUUGUAACGUUGUUUUUUGUAUACUGGUAUUUAAUCGAUUGUUUCAUUUUUGGAGACAGGUUUUAACUUAAUCAUGUCACUUAAUACAGCUCACGCUGAUCACGGUGUUUUGAUACACGCCGGAGAAGGUAUUAUACUCUUUUCUGACAAUGUGACAGUGGAGUUUUAUGGUAAUGAUACAGCUGAAUUCAAGGGUGUUAAGAAUGGUCGCAUGUAUCUUACCACUCACAGAAUGAUCUACAAUUCCAAGGCAAACACAGAUCCCAUGAGGUCAUUCAGUUUUCCAUUUAUUGCUUUGCAAGAUGUAACAGUUGAACAGCCUAUGUUUUCAGCAAAUUAUAUUAAAGGAAAAGUGCGAGCCCAAGCGAAUGGUAAUUUUAUUGGUGAAGUGAAAUUUAAACUGACAUUCAAAUCAGGUGGAGCUAUUGAAUUCGGCCAGGCCAUGCUGAAAGCAGCCCAUCUUGCUUCGAGACACUUGGCGCCUGGCGCGACACCGCCGCCUUACUCGCCACCGACAGGCCCGUGGUAUGCUGCGCCACCUCCUGCCUAUGCUCCACCACCUCAGGGCUACUACGGAUGGGUACCACCAUACAGUGCAUUCCCCAACCAACCGCCACCAAAUUCGGUGUUUGUGUCGGACAACCCUCCACCAUACCCGGGCGUAUCCGGCGUGAACUAUCCCCCAGGUGCUGGUUUCUCGGGCGGCCCAUCACCCUCAACGGCAGGUGGGGGCUACGCUCCUAACGCACCUCCAGGUUACCCGGGUAACGCCUCGAUGCCGCCAGGUUACCCGGGUAAUCCGUCGAUGCCGCCCGGUUAUCCGGGCGGGUUUUCAGUACCAGGAGCCACGGCCGGCAUGUCUGCAAGCGAUGCUAAAGCGGCGGAGGCAGCCCAGAGCGCUUAUUACGACCCCAACAGGCCACAAACUGCUUAUGUUCCACCACCUUAUAAUGAUCAACCACCAACUUAUCAGGAGUCGACAUCAAAGAAAGAAAACUAAUGCACUGUCCUCAUUUUCACAUGGCUUCGAAAAAAGAUACUAAUCAAAGUGUCUAGAGUUAUUUUUUAUUCCAAUGUUUAUACAUACACAAUUAUUUCACGGUUAAAAUAUGAUUUCUCAUUAGGAACUUCCAUUAUAAGCUCCACUAGGAAUACAGUAGAGACUAUACAUUUUACUGCCGUAAGAACACUGAUAUAAAAGCAAAGGUUUCUGCCCCUCCAAAGUACGAUGAUUUUCAAAAUCCAGACCACGCUGAAAUUUGAAUGACCGUAUUUUGGAAAUUGCGCCUCAAAAAAACUGACAAUUGCUAUAUAUCGCUUUUGCCUAUUUAUAUUCUUGUAUGUAGUUUUUGCUUCACUAUAGAAGAAUGGAACUGAUUUGCUAAUUCGAUAUACACUAUGCUAUAUAUUUUAUCAUAUUACAGUGUAUAUUACAUUAA